ACUUUUGUCUUGGAAAAGAACACAUUUAUGUCUCUUUCACCCUUUUUUUGUCUAUAACAUUGUAGACCACCAAAGUUUAUUUUGUAGAAAACUCAAACUAGUAAAUAGUUGUUUUGAGAGGAAGAAAUGGCAAAAGCUACAAUAUUUUUGGUGGGGUUUUUGAUUUUGCAUUGUUGGGUAGCUAUGGCUGAAGCUGAGUAUUUGAAAUACAAAGAUCCAAAACAACCAUUGAAUACUAGAAUUAAGGAUCUUGUUGGUAGGAUGAGUUUGGAAGAGAAAGUUGGUCAGAUGGUUCAGAUUGAUCGUAGUGUUGCUUCUGUUGAUGUGAUGAAAAAGUAUUAUAUUGGGAGUUUACUAAGUGGUGGUGGAAGUGUUCCUAAGCCACAAGCUAGUGCAAAGGAUUGGGUUGAUAUGGUGAAUGAAUUUCAAAAGGGUGCUUUAUCCACUAGGCUUGGAAUUCCAAUGAUAUAUGGAAUUGAUGCUGUUCAUGGCCAUAACAAUGUCUAUAAAGCAACUAUUUUUCCUCACAAUAUUGGUCUAGGAGCUACAAGAGACCCUCAACUAGUGAAGAAGAUUGGUGAGGCAACUGCUCUUGAAGCUAGAGCAACUGGAAUUCCAUAUGUAUUUGCGCCUUGCAUUGCGGUUUGUAGAGAUCCAAGAUGGGGUAGAUGUUAUGAAAGUUAUAGUGAAGAUCAUACAAUAGUUCAAUCUAUGACUGAGAUUAUUCCAGGACUUCAAGGUGACAUCCCUUCGAAUUCGCCAAAGGGUGUUCCAUUUGUUGCCGGAAACAAGAAAGUUGCAGCUUGUGCUAAGCACUUUGUUGGUGAUGGUGGAACAACAAAAGGAAUCAACGAGAACAACACAGUUGUAAGCAGACAUGAAUUGCUCAGCAUUCACAUGCCAGCUUACUAUAACUCAAUUAUUCAUGGUGUGUCAACCAUCAUGGUCUCUUACUCAAGCUGGAAUGGCGAAAAAAUGCAUGCUAAUCGCGAUUUAAUCACUGGAUUCCUCAAGAACACACUCCGUUUCAGGGGUUUUGUCACAUCAGAUUGGCAAGGAAUUGACUUGAUAACUUCCACUCCUCAUGCUAACUACACAUACUCAAUCCAAACUGCAGUCAAUGCUGGUAUUGACAUGAUAAUGAUUCCAUAUAACUACACUGAGUUCAUAGAUGGCCUAACCUUCCUAGUGAAGAACAAUGCCAUACCGAUGAGUCGAAUCGAUGAUGCAGUGAAGAGAAUUUUGAGAGUCAAGUUUGUUAUGGGAUUAUUUGAGAAUCCAUUGGCCGAUUACAGUCUUGUCGAUCAGCUCGGAAGUCAGGAGCAUAGAGAAUUGGCAAGAGAAGCUGUGAGGAAAUCAUUGGUUCUAUUGAAGAAUGGUGAAAAUGCUGAUAAGCCAUUGCUUCCUCUUCCUAAAAAGGCUUCAAAAAUUCUUGUUGCUGGAAGCCAUGCUGAUAAUCUAGGUUAUCAAUGUGGUGGAUGGACUAUUGAAUGGCAAGGACAUAGUGGCAACCACAUUACUAGUGGUACAACAAUUCUCAGUGCUAUAAAAAAUACAGUUGACAAAGACACCGACAUAAUCUACAAGGAGUAUCCAGAUCCAGACUAUGUAAAGUCAAACAACUUUUCAUAUGCAAUAGUGGUAGUAGGAGAGAAACCAUAUGCUGAAACAAGUGGUGACAGCUUAAACCUAACAAUUUCAAGUCAUGGAUAUGACACAAUAAACAAUGUAUGUGCUGGAGUGAAAUGUGUUGUUGUGUUAAUAACUGGUAGACCUGUUGUGAUUCAACCAUAUCUUGACAAAAUUGAAGGACUAGUUGCUGCUUGGCUUCCUGGAAGUGAAGGUCACGGUGUUACUGAUGUUUUGUUUGGUGAUUAUGGAUUUAGUGGUAAGCUUUCAAGAACAUGGUUUAAGAGUGUUGAUCAAUUACCAAUGAAUGUUGGUGAUUCUCAUUAUGAUCCUUUGUUUCCAUUUGGGUUUGGUCUUACAACUCAACCUUAUAAGGCUACUUAGGAAUUAUAUUAGAUUUUGGUUAAUCAUUUACCAAAUUUGUGUUCUUGGGCUAGGUUUUUGUAUUAUCUAUUAUUGUUUUAUUUGCCAUUUUGUGUUUCUAUUUUACAUGUUUGACAUUACAUUGGUGUUGUCAUGUAUAUGUAGCUUGGAAUUGUUGAACAAUUUUGGGCUUCAAUUAUUAAAAACAUUGAGUUAUAAUUAAAUCUAUAUACGCCAAAUUACCCAUGUCCA